CGGAAAAGGUGCUAAACUUGACAAACGAGAAUAACAAAUGCAUUGCUGUUUCAGACAAAAAACGUAUUAUUUAAUAGUUCCCGUCAAUUUCACUAAAAUCACUUACCAGGCAUACUCAUGAUCUUCUAGUAAUGUUUCGAUAAAGGUUGCGUUUUUCCGCCUGUGCUUUAUUUCCUGCGAAAUCUUUAACUAGCUAAAUGCAUGGCUAGCUAGCUAGCACGUACCAGACCAAAUUGUUACUGUAUUUCCUGGACAAAAUAUCGUUUGGUGGACUUAACGUGGACAUCGACUGCUAUCCAGUCAUGAUACUCCCAUUUCUGUUUACAACCAGAAGCUGUAAAGCUGUUCACAGAUUGCAACACAAUCAGUUUUUCUCACCAAUUACGGCUCUGUCGAGACAUCAGAGGGUCGCUGCGUUGAGACACGCAAGUACACAGUUCAGCAAAGAUGACAGGAGUUACUAUGUAACCACUCCAAUCUUCUAUGUAAAUGCUUCUCCUCAUUUAGGCCACUUGUACUCAGCUGUGAUAGCUGACUGCCUUCACAGGUACAAAGUUAUUCAGGGCUUCAACUCAAAGUUUUCAACAGGCACAGAUGAACAUGGCUUGAAAAUCCAGCAAGCUGCUGACACUGCAGGUAAAGAUCCCAUGACUUUCUGCACUAAUGUGUCGGAGAGGUUCAAACAUCUCUUUAACAGCUGCAGCAUAUCGUAUACGGACUACAUAAGAACCACUGAGCAGAGACACUGUCAGGCUGUGGAACAUUUCUGGGCAGUGCUCUGGAACAAAGGACUCAUCUAUAAGGGGACUUAUGAAGGCUGGUACUCCACACAGGAUGAAAGCUUCCUCAUGCCAUCACAGGUAGCUGAUGCUUUGGAUUCAUCAGGGAAGGUGGUCAAGGUUUCACUGGAGAGUGGCCACAAGGUGGAAUGGAUGAAAGAGGAGAACUACAUGUUCCGUCUGUCAGAGUUUCGGUCUCAGCUUCUUGACUGGCUCAGAGGAAAUCCCCAGGCUGUACAGCCUGAGCGUUUCUACCAGGAUGUUCUCCAGUGGCUGCAGGAGGAUCUUCCUGAUCUUUCAGUCUCUCGCCAGAGAAGCCGCCUUCAGUGGGGCAUCCCAGUCCCCGGUGAUGCCGAACAAACCAUCUAUGUCUGGCUAGAUGCUCUGGUGAACUAUCUAACAGUAGCUGGCUAUCCAAAUAAACAUGACCAAUGGUGGAAUGUGGCCCACCACAUUGUCGGAAAGGACAUCUUAAAAUUUCAUGCCAUCUACUGGCCAUCUUUUCUUCUGGGGGCUGGACUGCCACUUCCACAGGCAAUACAUGUGCAUUCUCAUUGGACUGUAGGAGGAAAGAAGAUGUCUAAAAGUUUGGGAAAUGUUGUGGAUCCUCUUGAACGCUCACAGAUGUACACGACUGAUGGUAUGAGGUACUUUCUUCUGCGUCAGGGUGUUCCAGACUCAGACUGCGACUACACAGAUGACAAAGUUAUCAAGCUGCUAAACGCAGAGCUCUGUGACUCUCUGGGUGGUCUGCUUCACCGCUGCACAGCCCCUGCUCUUAACCCAGCUCAGGUCUACCCCUCGUUCUGCCCCCAGUCCUUCUCAAGAGAACAUGGAGGCAGGGCUGUGAUGGAAGACUAUCACAUGCUGGAUGCUGUGAAGCAUCUCCCUGGUGUGGUAGAGCAGCACUAUGAGAGCAUGCAUAUAUACAAAGCUCUGGAGGCCAUCAGCACCUGUGUGAGGCAGACGAACGGGUUUCUUCAGCGCCAUGCACCUUGGAAGCUGGAUAGAAGAGACAGUAAAGACCAACGCUGGCUGGACACCAUCAUCCAUGUCUCCUUUGAGUGCCUGAGGAUUUAUGGAACACUUCUCCAGCCAGUAGUGCCAGAGAUUUCUAACAGGCUGCUAACUCGACUCGGGGUGCAAGCAGGCGAGAGGAGCUGGGCAGACUUGAAUUUCCUACCAAGGUAUCAGGGAAUGGACUCUCCCUUUGAAGGGAGAGCUCUCGGAUCUGAACCUGGAGUGCUUUUUAGACGCUUGGAGAGUCAGAAUGUUGUUAAACAAAAAACAAAGUUGCAAUGAAGACUUGAUAUAUGUUCUCUGUGUAUUGAUUUGACCAAUAAAGAAAUAAAAUUCCUGUUAA